GUGUCUGGUACAGGUGAGCCUGGUUCCUGUGGAGAGCUGUGAGCAGUACAGCACCUGUGAGGAGUGUCUGGGCUCCAGAGACCCCCACUGUGGCUGGUGUGUCCUUCACAACAUAUGCUCUCGUAAGGAUCGCUGUGAGCGGGCGGGGGAGCUGCAGCGUUUCGCCUCUGACCUGCGCCAGUGCGUCCAGCUCAGCAUCCAGCCCAAAAACAUCUCCGUCACCAUGUCUGAAGUGCAGCUGGUGCUGCAGGCGCAGAACGUGCCGGACCUGUCUGCCGGGGUCAACUGCUCCUUCGAGGACUUCACCGAGACCGAGGGCCACAUCCAGGGGGGGCUCAUCUACUGCCUGUCCCCCGCCACCCGCGACGUCGCCCACAUCACCCGCGGCCAAGGCGACAAACGUGUGGUGAAGCUCUACCUCAAGUCCAAGGAGACGGGGAAGAAGUUUGCCAGCGUGGACUUCGUCUUCUACAACUGCAGCGUCCACCAGUCCUGCCUGUCGUGUGUGAACGGGUCCUUCCCCUGCCAUUGGUGCAAAUACCGUCACAUGUGCACGCAGAACGCCAAUGACUGCUCCUUCCAGGAGGGCCGUGUCAACGUGUCAGAGGACUGCCCCCAGAUCCUGCCCUCCACGCAGAUCUACAUCCCCGUGGGCGUGACCAAGCCCAUCACGCUCUCGGCCCGGAACCUUCCGCAGCCGCAGUCGGGCCAGCGCAACUACGAGUGCGUCUUCCACAUCCAGGGCGCGGUGCACAGCGUCACCGCCCUGCGCUUCAACAGCACCAGCAUCCAGUGCCAGAAGACCUCGUAUGACUACGAGGGCAAUGACAUCAGCGACCUGCCCGUGGACCUGUCGGUGGUGUGGAACGGAAACUUUGUCAUCGACAACCCCUACAACAUCCAAGCUCACCUGUACAAGUGCUACGCGCUGCGGGACAGCUGCGGCAUGUGCCUGAAGGCGGACCCGCGCUUCGAGUGCGGCUGGUGCGUGCAGGAGAAGAAGUGCUCGCUGCGGCAGGAGUGCGCCCCCCCGGAGAGCACCUGGAUGCACCCCGCCUCGGGGAACAGCCUCUGCACCCACCCCAAAAUCACCAAGCUGUUUCCUGAGACGGGGCCGCGGCAGGGCGGGACCAGGCUCACCAUCAGCGGGGAGAACCUGGGCCUGCAGUUCAGCGACAUCCAGGCCCGAGUCCGGCUGGGGAAGGUCUUCUGCCACCCCAUCGAGGACGAGUACAUCAGCGCCGAGCAGAUCGUGUGCCAGCUGGCUGACGCCACGGGUUACCGGGUGCAGGAGGCGAAGGUGGAGGUGUGCGUGCAGCAGAACUGCGAGCCGGACUACAGGGCCGUCUCGCCAAAGGCCUUCACCUUUGUGACCCCGUACUUCAUGCGUGUACUCCCCUCCCGGGGGCCGAUCUCCGGGGGCACGAGGAUCACCAUCGAGGGGAACCACCUGAACGCCGGCAGCGCCUUGACCAUCAACAUCGGCCUGCACCCCUGCCGCUUCGUGAGGCGGGGCGCCAAGGAGAUCGUGUGCGUGACGCCGGCGGGCCAGAGCCCGGGGGGCACGCCCGUCAUGGUGGACAUCAACUGGGCCGAGCUGAGGAACCCCGAGGUCAAGUUCAACUACACCGAGGACCCCACCAUCCUGAAGAUCGAGCCCGACUGGAGCAUCGCCAGUGGCGGGACCCCCCUGACCAUCAGCGGCACCAACCUUGCUACCAUCAAGGAGCCCAAGAUGCAGGCCAAAUAUGGGUCUGUGAAGUCCCUCCACAACUGCACGGUCUACAACAACACCAUGAUGGUGUGCAUGGCGCCCUCCGUGGCCGGCUCUGAGAAGGGCUUCUCGGAGGUGGGCAGCGCCCCGGACGAGAUCGGCUUCGUCAUGGACAACGUCCAGUCUCUGCUGGUGGUCAACGAGACCUUCAGCUAUUACCCGGACCCCGUCUUCGAACCCCUGAGCCCCACGGGCAUCCUGGAGCUCAAACCCAGCUCCCCGCUCAUCCUCAAGGGCCGGAACCUGAUCCCCUCGGCCCCCGGGAACUCGCGGCUCAACUACACGGUGCUGAUCGGGGAGACGCCCUGCGUGCUGACGCUCUCCGAGGCGCAGCUGCUGUGCGAGUGGCCCAACCUGACCGGGCACCACAAAGUCACGAUUCGGGCGGGCGGGUUCGAGUACUCCCCCGGCACCCUGCAGAUCUACUCGGACAGCCUGCUGACCCUUCCCGCCAUCAUCGGGAUCGGCGGGGGCGGCGGCCUGCUGCUGCUGGUCAUCAUCGCCGUGCUGAUCGCCUACAAGCGCAAGUCGCGCGACGCGGACCGCACCCUCAAACGCCUGCAGCUGCAGAUGGACAACCUGGAGUCCCGGGUCGCGCUGGAGUGCAAGGAAGCGUUUGCCGAGCUGCAGACGGAUAUCCACGAGCUGACCCAGGAGCUGGAUGGAGCCGGCAUCCCCUUCCUGGACUACAGGACCUACGCCAUGAGGGUGCUGUUCCCCGGCAUCGAGGACCACCCUGUACUCAAGGAGAUGGAGGUGCAGGCCAAUGUGGAGAAGGCGCUGACGCUGUUCGGGCAGCUGCUGAACAAGAAGCACUUCCUGCUGACCUUCAUCCGCACGCUGGAGGCGCAGCGCUCCUUCUCCAUGCGCGACCGCGGCAACGUGGCCUCGCUCAUCAUGACCGCGCUGCAGGGGGAGAUGGAGUACGCCACCGGCGUGCUCAAGCAGCUGCUCUCCGACCUCAUCGACAAGAACCUGGAGAGCAAGAACCACCCCAAGCUGCUGCUGCGCAGAACGGAGUCUGUCGCCGAGAAAAUGCUGACGAACUGGUUCACCUUCCUGCUCUACAAGUUCCUGAAGGAGUGCGCCGGCGAGCCCCUCUUCAUGCUCUACUGCGCCAUGAAGCAGCAGAUGGAGAAGGGCCCCAUCGACGCCAUCACCGGCGAGGCCCGCUACUCCCUCAGCGAGGACAAGCUGAUCCGCCAGCAGAUCGACUACAAGACCCUGACGCUGCACUGUGUGAACCCCGAAAACGAGAACGCCCCAGAGGUGACGGUGAAGGGGCUGAACUGCGACACCAUCACGCAGGUGAAGGAGAAGCUGCUGGACGCCGUGUACAAGGGCAGCCCCUACUCCCAGAGGCCCAAAGCCUCGGAUAUGGACCUGGAGUGGCGUCAGGGCAGGAUGGCCCGAAUCAUCCUUCAGGACGAGGACGUCACCACCAAGAUCGACAACGACUGGAAACGGCUCAACACGCUGGCGCACUACCAGGUGACGGACGGCUCCGUGAUCGCCCUGGUGCCCAAGCAGAACUCGGCCUACAACAUCUCCAACUCCUCCACCUUCACCAAGUCCCUCAGCAGAUACGAGAGCAUGCUGCGCACAGCGAGCAGCCCCGACAGCCUGCGCUCCCGCACGCCCAUGAUCACGCCCGACCUGGAGAGCGGCACCAAGCUGUGGCACCUGGUCAAGAACCACGACCACUCGGACCAGCGCGAGGGCGACCGCGGCAGCAAGAUGGUGUCCGAGAUCUACCUGACCCGCCUGCUGGCCACCAAGGGUACAUUGCAGAAGUUUGUGGACGACCUGUUUGAGACCAUCUUCAGCACGGCCCACCGCGGCAGCGCCCUGCCCCUCGCCAUCAAGUACAUGUUCGACUUCCUGGACGAGCAGGCCGACAAGCACCAGAUCACCGACGCCGACGUGCGGCACACCUGGAAGAGCAACUGCUUGCCCCUGAGGUUCUGGGUGAACGUGAUCAAGAACCCGCAGUUCGUCUUCGACAUCCACAAGAACAGCAUCACGGACGCCUGCCUGUCGGUGGUGGCCCAGACCUUCAUGGACUCCUGCUCCACCUCCGAGCACAAGCUGGGGAAGGACUCCCCCUCCAACAAGCUGCUCUAUGCUAAAGACAUUCCAAACUACAAGAACUGGGUGGAGAGGUACUACUCGGACAUCUCGCGGAUGCCGGCGAUCAGCGACCAGGACAUGAGCGCGUACCUGGCGGAGCAGUCGCGGCUGCACCUGAGCCAGUUCAACAGCAUGAGCGCGCUGCACGAGAUCUACUCCUACAUCACCAAGUACAAGGACGAGAUCCUGUCCGCGCUGGAGAAGGACGACCAGGCCCGGAGACAGCGGCUGCGCUGCAAGCUGGAGCAGGUCAUCGACACAAUGGCCCUGGCCAGCUGAGGGCGCGGAGGAGGAACGAGGACGAGCGCGUGGUUCCGAACCCCGAAAAACCAUGGACCGCAAGGACAGGAAGCAGUGCACCGGAGAUUUGGCAGAGCCGGGCGGUGCCGCGGGGCCCGCCUGGGCCCACAACAGAGAAAAAAAAAAAAACAACAAUAAAAAAACAAAAAAAAAAAAAACCCGCAACAAUCACGGAAAGCAUCCGUUCAUCGCUGUCUGUUAUCGUUUCGUUGCGUGCGUGCGUGCGCUCAGCCGCGCCCCCUCGCCACGCCGGGAUCGGAGUCCACCGUCUCGGCCAGGAGAACCGAGGAAGGGGAACGGCUGGGGCACGGCCUUCUUUCGGCCUUUAGGAAAUGCGCCCCCUUGUGACACGUCCGGGCGUCGCGAUAGAAUGUCAGUCCAGAGACCAUGUCGAGAUCAAGGACAUUUCUUUAUUUUUUUCUUUUCAUUUUGUUUUUUUUUUGUAUGUUUGUUGGUUUUUAUUUUUGCUACAUCGAUGUACUCAACUGCCCACUCUCCGAUCUCCUGCCACUCGUGUUACUGCUGAAUUUGCACAAUUUACAGAAAAAACUGAAAUGAGAAGAAAAAAAGAAAUAGAUAUAUAUAUAAAUGCAAAUACAUUUUUAAAGGAACAAAUAAAAAUAAGGGUAAAAUACUUUUUCCAUUUUAACAUAUGGAAGCCGCCGACAAAAAAAAAACGGCUUCAAUAUUUCAGACAAAAAAAUGAAGAAAAACAAUGAAAAAACUUGUCCUGUGCCAUGUUUUAUUUGAAUGUUGUUUAGUGCAAAGACAUUUUGUUAGAUGAAACGUGCUAUAAUUUAAAUGUUAACAUGCCUAGUGACUGGAAAAAAAUGACUAAAUUGAUCAAAAAAAGAAACGAAACAGCCUCCAUGGAGAAAAAAAGAAGGAAUCAUUGCAAUGUGGGGGCAUUGCCUAUUCAGGAUCAUUGGCUGAAAUAGUUGGAAUGGGUCUUGAAAAUAAGCAAUUUAUUUAUUUUCAACUGUAACCGCUCCCACCCUUAGUGCAAUCAUGGUUUAAACCUGGAAACCCAACCGCGCACACAAGCUUUGUUUAUGGUUACUAGCAUAGCUUUCAACUUAAACUGCGAACAAACCUGAGACCGUUAGAACAACAUGGAGGGCCUUGUGUCUUCAGACAUCUUGGAGAUUAUCUGUGGUGAGGAAUAUUUUGUUUUGUUCAUUUGCUCACUAGACUAGCUUGCGCUGAAGACCCCUGUCCAUAAGGGGUAAUCUUAUAUGAAGUACAUUGCAUUACUUGAAGAAAACUCAAUUCUCCGUUAGAUAGUACCAGACUGUAAAGUUGAGUGUGGUGAAACCCAGCGUGGUCUGAAGUUUCAGGAGGGUUGAAGGUCAGUGAAUUCAAACGUUUUAAUACACCGUUCGUGCAUUCCAACCGCUGCAGCCAGCUGGCUUGUUGGAGGAGAGACCCAGCUUUGGGCCCUGCUAAAAACAGCAAGGUUAUUUCAACAUACAGCAAGAUUUUUCUUUCAAAAAAAAAAAAAAGAAAGCAAAAAAAAA